AUGUCCAAUCCAAUCCCGUCCUCUACCAAAGAGGUAAAAUCUUCUUCACCACCUACAAUACCAUCACCUCCUCCUCAUCACCUCACCCACAACCUCUCAAAUUCAGAUAUUCAAGAAAAUGGUCUUCACGCUCUAGUAAACAUUCAAACCGCAAAAGAUAUUUGGACAUUCCUUCUAGUAUUUAGAAUUUUCAAUUCUUUUCUUGUCAAAACUUUCUUUCAACCCGAUGAAUAUUUUCAAGCUUUAGAACCGGCUUGGGAAUUGGCUUUUGGAGAGGGGAGUGGUGCUUGGAUUACUUGGGAAUGGCAUUAUCAAUUACGAUCUUCAUUACAUCCAACUCUUUUUGCAGCUGCAUAUUAUUUAAUAGAUAAACCUAUGGAAUUUGUGAAUUUCUUUCCUCAAUUUAGAGCUGAAGUUUUAGCUGUAUUACCAAAUAUUAUUCAAGCUAUAUUUGCCGCAGCUUGUGACUAUUAUACUUGGAAAAUGGCAGAGAAAAUGUAUGGAUUGGGUAGUAGAACUGGUUAUGUUACUCUUCUCAUGAGUGUAUUAAGUCCUUGGAAUUGGUUUUGUUCAACAAGAACUUUUUCAAAUUCUUUGGAAACUAGUCUAACAAUUACUGCUUUGUAUUUUUGGCCUUGGGAUAUGGCAAUUAAUUCUGGAGAGAAAAUUAAAGAGGGAACGAAAGAUGCAUCAACCACGUCUAUAUCUAGAGGUGUUUUCCAAACGACGGAAUCCGUGAACCAUCUUCGAUACUCCCUUCUUCUUGCAGGUAUUGCUUGCAUUCUUAGACCAACCAAUCUUUUAAUAUGGUUUUGUGUCAUAAUGCCAAUCAUCAUGUCCCUCAUACCUGGAGUAUCUCCAAAAACAUCUAAAUCACCCAUCCCACAAGAUUACAUUAUUCUCCUUAGAGAAGCCAUCUUAUGUGGUCCGAUCAUCCUCAUCAUCUCAGCUAUUUCCGAUCGUCUCUACUUUGGAGAAUGGACAUUUCCACCAUAUCAAUGGCUUCAUUUCAAUAUCUCUCAGAAUCUAGCCGUAUUUUACGGCAAGAAUGAUUGGCAUUAUUUUUUCUCCCAAGGUCUACCACUUUUGCUACUCACUUAUCUUCCAUUCACGAUUCUGUCGAUUUUCAAAACCUACACACCAUCUACAAUACCAAAUCCAGAAUUCACCUCCAACCUCCAAACAAUUCUAACACAAAUCACUGGUGUGAUGAUCUUCGUCUUAAGCACAAUCUCUCACAAAGAAGUUCGAUUCAUUUACCCACUUCUACCUAUUCUUCUCCUUCUAACUGCACCAUCAAUUACAUCUUUCUUCACACGCGAAACUCAAAUCCCCACAAGCGAUCCCUCGAAAUCGAAAAUCGAAACUAACACAAUCCGCAAACCUCUUUUGACUAUCCUCAUUCUCCUCAAUAUAGCCUUGGCAGCUUACACAACAAAAAUCCAUCAAUCCGCCGUGAUAUCAGUAACUACAUUCAUCCGCCACAAAUACGAAACAGAAAUGCUAGAUGCUCAAGGAAUCCCUCUGCAUUCUCCAGAUGCAUACACAUAUCUAAAACACUACCCCGCUUCAUUCGACGAAAACGCGCCUCCUUCACUCAACAUCAACUACGACAUCAAAAAAGAAGAAAACUCCCAAUAUGCCCAAAAAAUGAUGGGGACAUCCACAAACCCAGAUUGGGAGGGAGGAACAGCAGACCAAGCGAAACCGUUCGUGGGAUUCCUGAUGCCCUGUCAUAGUACCCCGUGGCGAAGUCAAUUGGUGUAUGAGGGAUUGGGAGCCUGGGCGCUAGGGUGCGAACCCCCCGUGCAUUUGGAGGUUGGCGAGAGAGAGGGGUAUAGAGAUGAGGCGGAUAGGUUUUAUGAUGAUCCGCGGAGGUUUUUGAGGGAGGAGAUGCUGUGGGGUUUGAGGGGGUGGAGAAGGUUGUUAGGGAGUUUUUUUGAGGGGGGUUCGGAGGGAAUGGGAGAGGGAGAGGGAAUGGGAGAGGGAGAAGGAGCGGGUAAAGGAAGGAAGAUGAAGGAGAUUUGGAGGGAGAGGAAUACGCAGUGGAUUGAUGAUUGGAGGAGGAGUGGGGAUGUAGUGGUUUGGGAAUUUGUAUAG